CUCGUCCGCCGUACCCCACUUCUACCAGCACCCCGGUUCCUCGUCAUGCCGCUUCCGCUUCCUAUCUCGACCAGCCCACUUCACACGCUUGAUGCGCGAUAAGACAUGUAAGAGAUGCUUGGCGACUUCCCCAAAUGGAAGCACAACCUGGGGCGCCCGUUAUCUGGAUGACACAGGGCUCGGCCGCUGACGGUGGUCAUUCGAUGGCUGUGAGAUGAUGGGAUUGCGCGAUACCAGUAGAGGUAUAUCUAUGCGGCUAGGUGAUACAUUAAACAAGGUCUUCGGCACGAUCUGCAUGUUUGCAUUGGUCUCUUAACUUUUGUUCUCUCGGUUCUCUCAUUAUUGAGCACACCUCAUACAAGAAGAAAAAACUAAACAGCUCUUCAGACUACAUUAAGAUAAGAAGAGGCGAUAGAGGUAACCUAACAUUGAUGUAGGGUCUAGGGUGUUCAGCUUUUUCCUAGUUUAACGUGAGCUGGUAAACAUGGCGAGCAGCCCAGAAGAGAAGAAGGUCUUAGAGGAGACCAACAGCGACGAUGAUGUACUGGCGCAGCUGGGAUAUACCCAAGAGCUCAAGCGCAGUUUCGGUCUACUUGGGAUGGUAGGCUUCUCGUUCAGUAUCGUCACUUCAUGGACCGCACUCUCUGGUGUACUCAUUAUUGGUGUUGAGUCGGGAGGGCCACCGGUUAUGAUCUGGGGGUGGCUGUGUGUCUGUCUGGUUACACUUGCUGUUGCUUACUCAAUGGCCGAGAUGUGUAGCGCGUACCCUGUUGCAGGCGGGCAGUACUCGUGGGUGGCUAUUCUGGCACCGACGCGCUGGGCUCGCUCAAUGAGUUAUCUCUGUGGAUGGUUCAUGCUGAUUGGCAUCAUAUGCAUGGGCGCAGUCAAUAACUUUGUUGCUACAAACUUCAUUCUCGGUACCGCCCAGUUGAAUUAUGGCUUUACGAUAGAGCGUUGGCACACAGUACUGGUCGCCUAUCUCAUCACAUUCAUCGCAGCGGCGUCUAACAUCUAUCUGCCACACAUCCUAAACAAGCUAUCGAAAGCAAUCUUCAUCUGGAACCUCACUUCCUUCGUCGUCUGCCUCAUCACCAUUCUGGUCACAAACGACCACAAGCAAUCGGCGAGCUACGUGUUCAGCGACUUCGAGAACUUCACUGGAUGGAAUGCGCCGUAUGCUACAUGCCUUGGACUACUUCAAUCAGCGUUUGGAAUGUGCUGCUACGAUGCGCCUUCACAUAUGACCGAGGAAAUCAAGAACGCGCGGAAACAAGCACCUCGGGCGAUAGUCAUGUCGGUUUACAUCGGCUUCUUCACCGGAUUUGUCUGGCUAGUUGCGUUGUGCUUUUGCAUUGGCGAUCUCGAGGAGACGGGUGCUACAGCGACAGGAGUACCUGUCAUUGCCAUCAUAUUCAACAGCACGAACAGUGUAGCUGGAACAUCUACUCUAGCAUCUAUGAUCGCUAUUAUCGCCACAGUAUGCGCCAACUCGCUCAUGGCAGAGGGAUCGAGAGCUGUAUACGCGUUCGCAAGAGACAACGGACUCCCCUUCUCGAACGUCCUAAGCAGAAUCUCGACAAGAUCGGUGCCGGUUUACGCCAUCGUAUUAACAGCUGUCGUACAAAUGGCCUUCAAUUCGAUCUACUUUGGUACAACAACUGGCUUUAACACCAUCAUCGCCAUCGCUACACAAGGCUUCUACCUCUCGUAUCUAAUGCCUCUACUUUCCCGUAUUCUCGCCCACUUCUCCGGAAAGAAGACUCGUCUGGAAGGCCCAUACUCACUGGGUCGCUGGGGAAUUGUUCUCAACAUUAUCGGCUUCCUAUAUCUGGCGUUCAUCUGCGUCGUGUCCAACCUACCUAGCGUCACACCUGUGACGAGCGAGAAUAUGAACUACACUUCUGCGGCAACGGGAGUUGUUAUGGUGAUCAGCCUGAUCUUUUGGAUCAUGACCGGGAGGAAGAAGUUCACUGGGCCUGAUGAUGGGAACUUGUUGGAUGUGGGGAGACAUGUCGCAUAGUCUUUGGGGUUCUCGCUCGGUACUUUUCGCUAUAUAUCAGCGUCUUAGAGAGAAACGAAAGAUAGCACAUCUUCAAUAGUUUCCUAACCGUCUUUGUUGACAUGCUUGUGAGUCAAUAUGACGCAUAGGGCAUGGCCGAACUCGCUGCCACGUGCGGUUAGCCCAGGGUCCUGCACCCA